AAUUCAGAGUAAAUUAGGAGACUCAAACCCAGUCUUCACCUCUUCAUACACUUACUAUUCAGUCGCGGACAGAAAGGUAGUUGCGUAACGAGUUGCGUAACUUUGUAGUCGUGCGUCUGCGCACUGUGUCUUGCCUCACCUGCUAUGGCGGAAAGACGCUCCCACUUCUGACGCUAACGUGUCCGUGUGACGUCUCACCGGCUGAACUAUUACUUAAGCAACUUUUUUUAUGUGGACCAAGUCACGCUGAACCAUCAUCGGACCGACUGAUAAACCCACCGGGAGCAUUUGAAAGUUAAGACAUGGCUCUCAGAGGCGCUGUCACACGUCUGCUCUCCAACAGCCAAAAAUGUGCUGUCAUCACCGCGUCCAGAGCUCAAGGCACUGCUGCUGCAGCCACAAAAGAUGCUGAAGAAGUCAAAAAGCCGGCUAAGACAUCCAAGGUGGCCUUCAACUGGCGGGAUGCUCUGGAUCUGGAGGGUCAACUUACAGAGGAGGAGAUCAUGAUCCGAGACUCCUUUCGUGAUUACUGCCAGGAAAAGCUCAUGCCACGUAUCCUCAUGGCCAACAGAAAUGAACAUUUCCACCGUGAGAUUGUCUCAGAGAUGGGAGAGAUGGGCGUCCUAGGCCCAACUAUUAAAGGGUACGGCUGUGCAGGCACUAGUUACGUGGCGUACGGUUUGAUUGCCAGAGAGGUCGAGCGAGUGGACAGCGGCUAUCGGUCCGUCAUGAGUGUCCAGUCUUCACUGGUCAUGCACCCGAUCAAUGCUUACGGCACAGAUGCCCAGAAGGAGAAGUACCUGCCCCGGCUUGCUCGGGGAGAAAUCUUGGGCUGCUUUGGCCUGACAGAGCCAAACCACGGCAGUGAUCCAAGUGGUAUGGAGACGAGGGCCAAGUACAACCCAUCCAGUGAUACCUUCACCAUCACCGGAGCCAAGACCUGGAUAACAAAUUCCCCUGUGGCAGACAUCGCAGUGGUGUGGGCAAAGUGUGAAGAUGGCAGAGUACGCGGUUUCAUCUUGGAACGUGGAAUGAAGGGUUUUGCCACCCCUAAGAUUGAGGGGAAGUUCUCCCUGAGGGCGUCUGCCACUGGUAUGAUCCUGAUGGAUGAAGUAGAGGUUCCAAAGGAGAACCUGCUGCCUAAUGUCUCUGGUCUUGCUGGCCCCUUUGGUUGUCUGAACAAUGCUCGGUAUGGUAUCGCCUGGGGAGCUCUGGGAGCUGCAGAAUUCUGCUUCCACGCUGCACGACAGUACACUCUGGACAGAAUCCAGUUUGGCGUGCCUCUGGCCAGGAACCAGCUGAUGCAGAAGAAGAUGGCUGACAUGCUGACAGAGAUCACCAUCGGGCUGCAGUCAUGUCUGGCCCUGGGAAGACUUAUCGACGAGAAGAAAGCAGCACCGGAGAUGAUCUCUAUGCUGAAGAGGAAUAGCUGUGGCAAGGCGCUAGAUAUCGCCAGACAAGCCAGAGACAUGCUGGGAGGAAAUGGCAUUGCAGAUGAAUACCACAUCAUCCGUCACGUCAUGAACCUCGAGGCUGUCAACACAUAUGAGGGAACUCAUGAUAUUCAUGCCUUGAUCCUGGGCAGAGCCAUCACUGGGCUGCAGUCGUUCACUGUUGGAAAGUAAAGGGAAAGUAAAACAAGUGAUGUGGAAAAGUACUGUAUAAUAUCAUGCUUAAUAUGCGCUUCCUGUGGUGGGAGGAAUCAUUAGGACUUCAUCAGGAAACUGUCCGUUUAAGGUCAGCUUAACAAAGCAUUGGGUCCAACUAUUUGUAUAGUUAAAAUGCUGCCAAACUGUACUUAAGUAUAUAUAUUAUAUUAAGGCACAGUGCAUGUAAAAGUGUUGGCUUUAUGCGCAUUUUGUGAUGAUUUGAUAUGUAAAUAAAUGGCUUUGAAUGAGUGAGAAGAUGAGUGUAGCUGAAAUGCAAUUAAGUACAUUUAUUUUGAAGAUACAUCUAAAGUUUCCAUUACAAAUAUGUGUAUGUAUGAUGUGGAGAAAUGGGAGAAAUAAUUCAGUUUAUAUUGUCCACCUUUGUGCUUAUAUUAUUUAUUGAAUCAACAAGUUGCUACAAGAACAAUAAAAACAACAUGGAUUCUUUUUUUUUUUUUUCACCA